AUGAGUCCCAAGGACGAAGAGCAGAUCGACCACCAGGAGUCAACAGAAGCCACCUUUCACGGUCACCUUGAGCUACAAGACUUCAUGUAUACAUCCCCAGACAACGACUCAUCGAGCAUCUCACCCAGAAGGAGCACGCGGUUAUCACAAACCACCUUGGCGCCGCCAUCACAAACCUCCUCAAAAGACUCCUCGCCAUCCCCUGCGAAACGCAAACCAUCAGCAGCAGCAGCAGCAGCAGCAACCUCAUUGCCGCCAAAGCGACCCAAAAGAAGUCGCCCUCCCGCCUCUUAUGCGCCUCCCUCCACGUAUGCCCACCUACCACCCUUGCCAGACGCCAUCAAACCCAACCUACUCAUCCUCUUCGUCGGCCUCAACCCGGGCAUACAGACCGCGCGAACAGGUCACGCCUACGCGCACCCCAGUAACCUCUUCUGGAAGCUGCUCUUCUCCUCGGGUCUCACCGACAGGUUGUGCCACUACUCCGAGGACCGUGACCUCCCGGCGCUCUACUCCAUGGGCUUUACCAAUAUCGUGGGCCGACCCAGCCGCAAUGGCGCCGAGCUGAGCAAGCAGGAGAUGGACGACGGCGUCGAGGCGCUGCACGACAAGGCCCGCACGUGGCGACCAGAGUGCAUGUGCAUCGUGGGCAAGAGUAUCUGGGAGAGCAUCUGGCGGGUGCGACACGGCGGGACGCCCGUCGGCAAGAACUUUCGCUACGGCUGGCAGGACGAGAGCGAGAACAUGGGUGUCGUCGAGGGUGACUGGCCGGGCGCCAGGGUGUUCGUGUCGUCGAGCACGAGCGGCCUCGCGGCGACGCUCUCGCCCAAGGAGAAGGAGGCCAUAUGGAACGAGCUGGGUGUCUGGGCCAAGCAACGAAGAGAGGAGCGUCGUCGCUGUCAAGCUGAACAAGAACCAUGA